AUGGCGGACCCAUUUAAGGCUCGGACGCUGAAACGCAAGAACGUCAAAGGCCUGGCUCUCAAUGCUGCCCCCAAACCAACAACAAAUGCUUCCGAGGGCGACGCUCAGGUCCCUGGAGCCGUUGGAAAUUCUGAAAGCAACCGCAGUGAUACCCUAGAGAUCGGACUAGAGUUUCGACUGGAUCUCCGCAGCGAGGACCUGGUAACGCUAAAAGAGUUGGGCGCUGGAAAUGGAGGCACGGUAUCAAAGGUCAUGCACGCAUCGACUAAGGUGGUAAUGGCCCGAAAGAUUAUCCGAGUCGACGCCAAAGAGAACGUACGAAAACAGAUCCUACGGGAACUGCGAGUCGGACAUGACUGCAACUGCGAAAAUAUUGUGACAUUCUACGGCGCAUUCCAGAAUGAAGCGAGAGAUAUUGUUUUGUGCAUGGAAUAUAUGGAUUGCGGAUCUCUCGACCAUAUCUCUAAAAACUUUGGCCCAGUUCGUGUGGAUGUGUUGGGAAAGAUCACAGAAUCCGUGUUAGCGGGUCUUGUUUACCUUUACGAAGUCCACCGUAUCAUGCACAGAGACAUCAAGCCAUCCAACAUCCUAGUCAACUCGCGCGGAAACAUCAAACUUUGCGAUUUCGGCGUUGCAACCGAGACAGUCAACUCGAUUGCCGAUACAUUCGUCGGAACCUCAACAUAUAUGGCCCCCGAGCGAAUUCAGGGAGGUGCUUAUACUGUUCGAUCUGAUGUGUGGAGUGUCGGUUUGACGGUCAUGGAGUUGGCUGUGGGACGAUUCCCAUUUGAUCACUCAGACUCAGCUGCUGGAAACCGUGCUAGCUCAGGGCCCAUGGGUAUUCUUGAUUUGCUUCAGCAGAUUGUUCACGAAACCGCCCCCAAGCUGCCCAAGAGUGAUGCCUUUCCACCCAUCCUGCAUGACUUUGUUGGAAAGUGUCUGAUGAAGAAAUCUGAGGACCGACCAACCCCUCGGGAACUCUACGACAAGGAUGCCUUCUUACAAGCCGCGAAGCGCACACCGGUGGACCUGCAAGAAUGGGCUAUUAGCAUGAUGGAACGACACAACCGCAAAUCAUAUUUGGCACCCCCAGCACCAAAGUCGCUCAAAGAGAACGCCACACCAACGACUAGCACUCCAUCAGGCGCUAUCCAGACCCCUACGUCUGCUGCAAUGCCAACUCCCAAGCCUGCCCCUAUCAGCAAAUCCGCUCGCAUCCCUCAACCCCCACAACAGUCUUCACACUACCAGAGUUCUGUAUCAAGCCAAUCCCCCGUACAUAUGAGCAAUGACGUUUCAUCUCCUCGCUAUUAUGGCGGCAGCAGUGCCCAACAGCCUAGCAGCCACCAGUACUCCUCAUCGCGAUCCACACGGUCCCCGCCGCCCCCAUCACUGGAGCAUCUAUCUUUGGAAACAAAGAUGGAAGAUGACCGCUCCGGCCGACGCCCGAACCGCCUUCUCGGUGAACCUGGAUCCGCCAUUGAUCCAUCUUCGCGACCAUUCAUGAGCCCGCGCUCCCUCAGCUCAAACAACAACCACCCGCAAGCUGAUUUGCACUCUUCAGCAUUGCCCCUCCGCCCCGCACCCCCGAGCGGCCCCCCUCCCCCCAGCUCCAGUUCCUGCUGGUGGAAACUGGCGCGGUUACCAGGGGCAAAUGCCAGGAGCAACUUGAAGUGCCCAAUAUAG